AUUCCAGUCAGAUGUAGGCAUUAUUCAGUUUAAUCAGUCUUGGGCGGCAGCACUGUCCCGUUAAAAGAAAGGCACGGAAUAAUCAUCUUCACUCCGUCUGUAUCUCUAGCGUGCUGAUGCGGCUUUAAACAGGGAAAAUCGCGGCGCUCUAGUUUGUUUAUUACUCAAUCUGUCUGAGGGAGGGUCGCGGAUGUGCACAAUCUCUGGGCGGCGGCGGCGGUGUUCCGGCGUGCCUGCGUCACGGGCGCACAGUCACCUCGCGCUGCGUUUUCUCAACGGUCGUCGCGUUGUGCUCCAGGCUGAGGCGAAGAUGGCCGCCGGUUCCUUUUCUGCAGUCGCUAAUACCUCCACUAACAAUGAAGGCAUCCUUAUCGGCGACAAGCUGUACUCCGAGGUCUCCCUCACGAUCGACAACUCGCUCAUACCGGAGGAGCGGCUUUCGCCGACACCAUCUAUGCUGGACGGCCUCGACCUCCAGACCGAAACGGAUCUCCGUAUCUUGGGGUGCGAGCUAAUCCAGUCUGCCGGUAUUCUUCUUCGGCUGCCUCAGGUGGCCAUGGCUACGGGGCAGGUGCUCUUCCACCGUUUCUUCUACUCCAAGUCUUUUGUCAAACACAGCUUCGAGAUCGUGGCAAUGGCUUGCGUGAACCUGGCCUCUAAGAUCGAGGAAGCGCCGCGCCGGAUACGAGACGUGAUCAACGUUUUCCACCACUUACGGCAGCUCAGGGCCAAGAGGAGUGCAAGUCCACUGAUCCUGGAUCAGAACUACAUUAACACCAAAAAUCAAGUCAUUAAAGCAGAGCGGCGAAUUCUGAAGGAGCUGGGCUUCUGUGUUCACGUCAAGCAUCCGCACAAGAUCAUUGUAAUGUACCUACAAGUCCUUGAAUGUGAGAAGAACCAAACACUCGUUCAGACCGCCUGGAAUUACAUGAACGACAGCCUUCGGACAAAUGUGUUUGUGAGGUUUCAAGUGGAGACCAUCGCCUGUGCCUGCAUUUACCUCGCUGCCCGUGCUCUACAAAUGCCUCUCCCCACUAAGCCACUCUGGUUUCUACUCUUUGGAGCCACUGAGGAAGAGAUCAGGGACAUUUGUAUCACCACUCUGAAACUCUACACUAGGAAAAAGCCUAACUACGAGUUGUUGGAGAAAGAGGUAGAAAAGCGAAAGAUGGCCCUGCAGGAGGCCAAGCUGAAGGCUAAGGGACUGAACCCAGACGGCACCCCCGCCCUGUCCACCCUGGGUGGCUUCUCUCCGGGGUCCAAGCCAUGUUCUCCGAGAGAAGCAAAGGGGGAUGAGAAGUCUCCAAAUCCACAGGUGCUGAAACCAGUGAAAAAAGAACCAGAAGACAGACCACAGAGCUCUAAGAGUCCUCACAACGGUCUCAGGAAGGAAAACAAGUUGAACCGCAACAGCAGGAGUGAGAGUCGGUCACGCUCCAGGUCUCGGUCACGCUCCCGUUCACCUCGCAGGCACUACAACACACGGCGAAGUCGCUCGGGGACCUACAGCUCACGCAGCCGGUCACACAGCCGAAGCCCAUCACCUCGGCGUCACCAGAACCACACCUCGCCACCCCAGCUGCUUUUGCCGCACCUAAAGCCCAAGCACCGGGCUGACGAGCUCAAACUGCAAGGUCGGCACGGACACAAGAGGAAGAAGUCGCGUUCACGGUCUGCUAGCAAGUCCCGUGAACGGGAGCGGGAGCGCGAACGUGACAGGGUCACCUCCGAGCCCACUUCCAAGAAGCACAAACACGAACGCAGUAGUGGCGGCCACCAUAGGGACCGGCGGGAACGGUCCCACUCGUAUGAUCGUGCACACAAGAGCAAGCACCACAGCAGUGGUCACUCGGGCCACAGUCGACACCGGCGCUGAAACCUGUCCUGUGGUCUGGCUGGAAGGGGAAGGGCAAUGUGGGGCCUUCAUCCCCUCUCUGCUCCGUGAUUGGCUUGUUCUGUUGCUAUCAUCUGCGGACCUUUAGGUGUAAAGUUAUGAACUUGAAACUACAUAUUUACAGUGUAAAGAUGGCUUAUUGCCAACAUAUUACAAUGAAUGCUUUGAUUUAUAAAAGCAACCGGUAAUAGCCGGGAAUGGGGGGGUAAAACAAUUCAGGAAAGACAUCAAGAUUUUGCACAGUUUAAAGUGAAUACCUGGACUGUUCGUUUUGCUUUUCCAGGCAUACGUAUGUAUACAGGAGUUUGCUGUACAGAUGCGAGAAAACGGGGUUCUCUUGACAUAGACCUUAUUUUUUUACAGCUGACUGCAGACACUUGAUUUCUGACCUCUUUUGUUAGAAUCGUGGUGAAUUUGUUACACUGGUUUUUAGUCUGCACGUGUUCAUGUCUGAUUUUUACUCAAUAAAAAAGUGAUUCUGA